AUGCGGCUCAAGAUGCUCAAUGGAGCGCCCUUGCGCAACCAUCUAGAGUUCAACGAGGACACACUCUUGGCAGUCGAGGAUUGCCGUCCCUUUGAUGCAGCAACAAGUGUUUCUACACCUGCAGAUGAAUCCACACCGUCUUUAAGGUGGCGCGGACUGCCUUUCAAGAACCCUCGGCUCCAGACUGGAUGGUCACAACCAUUUCUUCCAGGAAAUGUUCAAGGUCAAGACAUAUCAGAUGUUUCGCUGCCCAAUGUGGGUCGGUAUACGUCGUUUUUACAGGAAGAUACUACCCACUUGGAUACAUCUAUCGCCUUUGAGGAUACGUCAAUCGCCACACCUGGCUAUCUUGAGCAUUCUCUCGUCUUCCACGACACGCUACUGUCGUCUCAGGUCCUGCCAGACGGUAUAACAGAUAAGAGCGUCAGCUCCUCAUCCUUCUUGACUACUUCUUUCGGAACUACUCUAUCCGACUUUGAUAGCCCAAGCAAAGUCGAUGAGCAUACACUACUCGUCAAAGUCGCGCCCAAGAUGAGCAUCACGCCUCUUGGAUUGUUACCUAGCGCACAGCGUCUACGAGCAAUUUACCCGCAAACCCCAACACCAAACUUCUUAUGCGUUGUGACAGCGACUCCGGAACAAAAAGAAGUCUUCGUUCGGAAGGGCGGAUACAAGAUGAAUCUAUGGGAGAUCAUCGUUGCGGAUGAUACACGCUCAGACUUCAAGGUCACAUUCUGGCUGCGUCCACCCCGAGAAUCAAACAACGAACAAAACCACGUUCAAACCCCACUACUGCAGACACUAGAGAGCAUCAAAGUUGGCGACAUUCUGCUUCUGAGGAACAUUGCGUUGACAUCGUUCGGUGACACCGUCUUUGGCCAAUCUCUGAACCCAGCCAUCACACGGGCUCGAACGACUAUCGAUGUCUUGACGAGAAGCAACGGUAUAUCAGCUGCCCAACUGGGUGGGCUUCCGGUCCCAGUAAUCGAAGUUUUCAAGAGAGUCAAAAAGUGGGCAAGAUUGCACAUCGCAUCUGAUAGUGCAGGCUUGAGAAAGAGAAAGAGCAGCCAGGCGAAACAACUCAAGGACACGAAACGCACUUUCACAGCGCGUGAUGUCGAUGACUCCAUGCCUCCCGACACUAUGGAAAGUGUAUGA